GCGGACCCCAGCGCGGCGUUCCUGCGCGCAGCCCGAGCUGGUCAACUCGAACGAGUCCUCGAACACCUCGACAACGGGGUCGACAUCAACACGUCCAACGCGAAUGGACUAAAUGCUCUCCACUUAGCAGCAAAAGAUGGCCAUUUGGAAAUUGUAUCAGAGCUACUCAAACGAGGAGCAACUGUUGAUGCAGCCACGAAGAAAGGCAACACAGCUCUUCAUAUCGCAUCACUUGCUGGGCAGGAAGAGGUAGUGAAACUGCUGGUUAAGAGUGGAGCUGCAGUCAAUGCACAGUCGCAGAAUGGCUUCACUCCAUUGUACAUGGCUGCUCAAGAAAAUCAUGAUGGUGUUGUAAAAUUCCUUCUAAGCAAAGGAGCCAACCAGAGUCUUGCCACAGAGGAUGGUUUCACUCCAUUGGCUGUUGCAAUGCAGCAGGGCCAUGAUAAAGUUGUCGCUGUACUUCUUGAGAAUGACACAAGGGGUAAAGUGCGCCUCCCUGCCCUUCACAUAGCUGCAAAGAAGGAUGACUGCAAAGCAGCAGCCCUUCUGUUACAGAACGAUCAUAAUCCUGAUGUCACAUCCAAAAGUGGAUUCACACCACUGCACAUUGCAGCUCAUUAUGGAAAUGAAAAUAUUGCCAACUUGCUGUAUGAAAAAGGGGCUGAUGUGAACUACUCUGCUAAGCAUAACAUCACUCCACUUCAUGUAGCCUGUAAGUGGGGGAAGAUUAAUAUGGUGUCGCUAUUGAUCGACAAGGGAGCCAAUAUUGAAGCGAAAACUAGAGAUGGGCUGACACCACUACAUUGUGCAGCUAGGUCUGGACAUGAUCAGGUCGUGGAUCUGUUGUUAGAGAACAAAGCUCCUAUACGUUCGAAGACUAAGAAUGGUCUUGCACCACUUCAUAUGGCAGCACAAGGAGAUCAUGUAGAUGCGGCUCGAAUCCUCCUAUAUCAUCGGGCUCCCGUGGAUGAUGUGACUGUGGACUACCUGACAGCAUUACAUGUUGCUGCGCACUGUGGUCAUGUUCGUGUUGCCAAAUUGCUUCUAGACCGGAAGGCUGAUCCAAAUGCCCGUGCCCUUAAUGGCUUCACACCACUGCAUAUUGCAUGCAAGAAAAACAGGAUAAAACUUGUUGAACUGCUUUUGAAGUACAAUGCCUCAAUUGAAGCUACAACAGAGUCUGGUUUGACACCUCUUCAUGUGGCAAGUUUCAUGGGCUGUAUGAAUAUAGUCAUUUAUCUUCUACAACAUAAUGCAAACCCCGACAUCCCAACAGUUCGAGGAGAAACUCCUUUGCAUCUAGCAGCCAGAGCAAAUCAGACUGACAUAAUCAGGAUAUUGUUACGGAAUGGAGCUCAAGUAGAUGCCAAGGCUAGGGAAGAGCAAACCCCACUCCAUGUGGCAUCACGUCUGGGAAAUACUGAUAUUGUUAUGUUGUUACUACAACAUGGUGCAGCAGUUGAUGCCACUACCAAGGAUCUUUACACACCAUUACACAUUGCAGCAAAAGAGGGUCAGGAUGAGGUUGCUUCAGUCUUGCUGGAAAAUGGUGCUUCCUUGACAGCAACAACCAAGAAAGGAUUUACACCACUGCAUCUUGCAGCUAAAUAUGGAAACCUUAAAGUUGCAAAACUGCUAUUACAGAAGGAUGCUCCUGUUGAUGCUCAGGGGAAGAACGGUGUUACUCCUCUACAUGUUGCAAGCCACUAUGAUCAUCAGAAUGUGGCACUGCUACUUUUAGACAAGGGUGCUUCUCCUCAUGCAACUGCCAAAAAUGGACAUACUCCACUUCACAUAGCUGCAAGAAAGAACCAGAUGGAUAUUGCGACCACUCUCUUAGAGUAUGGUGCCAAGGCAAAUGCUGAGUCAAAGGCUGGUUUCACACCCCUUCAUUUGGCAUCACAGGAAGGCCACACUGAUAUGGCAUCACUGUUGAUUGAACAUCAGGCUGAUCCUAACCACAAAGCCAAGAAUGGUCUCACUCCCCUCCAUUUAUGUGCCCAAGAAGAUAAAGUCAAUGUUGCAGCUAUAUUGGUGAAGAAUGGUGCUGAGGUGGAUUCUACAACAAAGGCAGGCUAUACCCCUCUCCAUGUGGCAUCACACUUUGGACAACUCAACAUGGUCCGUUUCCUAUUGCAACAUGGUGCAAAUGUGGACAAGAGCACAGCCGUCGGAUAUACUCCAUUGCACCAGGCUGCUCAGCAGGGUCACAUGCUUGUUAUUACAUUACUUCUGGAAAAUAAAGCCAAGCCAAAUGCUCUCACAAACCAAGGACAAACUGCUUUGUCAAUUGCACAGAAACUGGGCUAUAUCAGUGUUGUUGAGACACUGAAAGUUGUGACUGAAACAACAGUAACCACCACCACCACUACUACAAUCGAAGAAAAGUACAAGGUCGUAGCACCAGAGUCCAUGCAAGAAACAUUCAUGUCUGAUUCUGAGGAUGAAGGUGGUGGUGACGAAGUGUUGGAUAUGGCGAUGAAUGUUUACGGAAAACCUACCCAUGCCCAACAUGUCUACUUGCCUUACUACCAAGGUCAAAUGCAGUAUACACGUGAAGAUCCAGGAAUGAAUGAUCAUCAGCAGUACCGUUACAUGACAGUCGAUGACAUGAAAUCACUUGGUGAUGAUUCUUUGCAAAUUGAUGUCACUAGGGAUGAGAGGAUUGAUGCCAAUAGGAUGUCAGUUGCUCCUGGUGGUAUAACUGAAGUCAUUUUAGCGCCACAACACACAAAGGAGAGUUAUGUCCAGGCCGUCAAUCAAUAUAACACGCUGCAUGCACCAGACAAUGUCGAUAUUGCACGCCAUCCUGUACACAUGGGCAUCAUUUUAAACAGACUUGAUGAUUCUUUGGCUUGCCUUGGACCAAUUCCAUUAUCAGCAGCGAUGUGGCGUGAAAGCAUUCCCCAUUGGAGAAAUUUUCUCGUGAGCUUCUUGGUGGAUGCUCGUGGGGGUGCAAUGCGUGGAUGCAGACAUUCCGGAGUGCGUGUAAUUGUUCCACCACGUAAAGCGGCAAUGCCAAUGCGCAUCACAUGCCGCUAUCUCCGCAGGGACAGGUUAUCAAAUCCACCUCCCUUAAUGGAGGGUGAGGCGCUUGCUAGCAGAAUCCUUGAAUUAGGACCUGUUGGAGCGAAAUUCCUUGGACCAGUGAUUAUAGAAGUUCCUCACUUUGCCUCACUUCGAGGCAAAGAACGUGAGAUUAUAAUUCUGCGUUCUGACAAUGGAGAUACAUGGAGGGAGCACACACUUGAAGCGAGUGAAGAAGCUGUUCAAGAUGUUUUGAAUGAAAGUUUUGAAGGAGAAGAAAUGAGCCAACUUGAAGAUCUCCAUACAAAUCGUAUAACACGUAUUCUUACGGUUGACUUCCCACAUUACUUUGCUGUUGUAUCUCGAGUGAAGCAGGAAGUGCAUGCUAUUGGUCCUGAAGGAGGCAUGGUGUCCUCAAGUGUUGUUCCCCAAGUACAAGCAGUAUUUCCACAAGAUGCCCUUACCAAAAAGAUCAGAGUUGGAAUUCAGGCUCAACCUAUCUCUGCUGAUUUGGCAGCAAAACUCCUUGGGAACAGAGUUGCUGUUUCACCUAUUGUCACUGUUGAGCCAAGAAGACGAAAAUUCCACAAACCAAUCACACUGACAAUACCUGUUCCACAAGCAGCAAAUAAAGGGAUGAUAAAUCAGUAUUCUGGAGAUGCACCAACACUCAGGUUGCUGUGCAGCAUUACAGGUGGAACAACACGAGCACAAUGGGAGGAUGUUACUGGUUCUACUCCUCUGACAUUUGUGAAGGACUGUGUUACAUUUACUACAACAGUUUCAGCACGGUUUUGGCUAAUGGACUGCAGGAACAUAGCAGAUGCAACCAAAAUGGCAACUGAGCUAUAUCGUGAAUCUAUACAUCCCCCAUUUAUGGCAAAAUUUGUUGUAUUUGCAAAACGAGUUGAUCUGUUAGAAGCAAGACUGCGUGUGUUUUGUAUGACUGAUGACAAAGAAGAUAAGACACUGGAACACCAGGAACAUUUUACAGAAGUGGCUAAAAGCAAAGAUGUUGAGGUGCAAGAAGGGAAGACAGUAUACAUUGAAUUUGCUGGUAAUCUGGUUCCUGUGAUGAAGUCUGGUGACCAACUACAAAUGGGUUUCAGAGCAUUCAAAGAAAAUCGUUUACCUUUCACUGUACGAGUAAAAGAUCCAGAUGAAGAUACUGUUGGUAGAAUACUUUUUAUGAGAGAACCAAAGGUUGCUAAAGGGGAACCAGCUCAAACACCUAUUUGUACUCUCAACAUUGUGCUACCUGAUAAUGUUAUUCCUGAUGCUGGACCAUCAGAACCAGACUUGCUGGAACUAGAAAAAAAUUACAGUUUCCUUAGAGAUGGCAUUAGUCAUCCAGAUGCUAUUCAUCGGGCUGACAUACGCCUCUCAGAUAUAUCAAACCUUCUUGGAUCAGACUGGGUGGCCUUAGCUGGUGAGCUAGGAGUCUCAACUUCAGAUGUAAAUCUAAUAAAGACUGAAUAUCCAGACAAUGUGAAUCAACAAGCCAUGGUGAUGCUGCGAUUGUGGCUUCAGACAUCGGGUAAUAAAGCAAAUGGAAAUGUGUUGGAAAAAGCACUUCGAAAAAUAAAUAGGGAUGAUAUUGUGAACCAGUGUGUCUUUAAUGUGGAGCUUGUGACAGAUGACAUGGAACGUGCUGUAGCUAAAGUUCAUCUUGACCAAUCUGGUUUUGACAACCUCCGAGAGGAGCUUGGACCAUCUCGAGAUGCAACCCUUCGACGAAAUACAAGUCUUGAUCCAUCUUACACAGAGCAAGAUUUAAUGAAGGAGUCUGAAUCUGUUGAAGAACUGGUAAACUCUGAGAAACAGGCCAAAGAUAAAGGCGAUGAAAAAAUGGCAGGACUUGAGCGGAAGGAUUAUGUAGAAGGUGAGGAAAAGUAUGCAGCUGAAGAAAAGGAUGUUAAAGGAAUUAUGGAAGAUUUUCUGUCUCAUGAGAAAGGACAGACAUAUAGAAAUGAGAUACAGAAAGUUUCAGAUCAGUUAGAGAAGCUAGAUGUUUCAUCACCCCACAUUGUUGAGACAACUGUAAUAACAAAGAAGGAGAUUCACUCACCAAAGUCAUCCAAGACACCACCUCCAAGUCCAGCAGAAUUCCAAGAUAAUUUAGGUUUCUCGGACGGCAAACCACAGCUAUUUGGGUCGCAUGCUGAAAGUCGCACUGCACUUGACACUAGCAUAGAUCUUAGUUCGCAUGAUGGCCACAUUCCCACUGUCAGGCUGCAUGAGGAAGGUCCAAUUGUCACCUCCACGCCACAGCCACGCUUGAAACCUGUGCGCAAAGCAUCCAGAUCUUCCCAUGAUGACCCUUCUACAGCUGUAAUGGAUGAUGUUCAAUGGGACUUUGGUUCUGACAAUGAGACACAAGGAAAUGUUAUUGUGAAAACCAUCAGAACUAUAUAUGGGGAUCCAAAUGCCAUUGAAAAUGAGAAAUUCAUCCAAAAUGAGGCUACAGUGAGUGGGAAAGUUGCUUUGAGUCCAUCUGGCAAGCUUGAAGAUAAAGAAUGUUUUAGCCCCACUAAACAAAAUUCAGAAAGUAAAGAAGAUGUGGAAGAGCCACAAUUUAGUGCUGUGUACACACCAAAACCAGCACUCCGCUUAAGCAAGGUUUCUGGAAGUGUUACAGACAAUGUACUUGUAAAUGUUGGCAGCAGUGUUCCAAGUAAAAAUGCCGUCUAUGAAGAAACAAAGUCUGUAACACAUUCGCUGCAGUCUUCUCCUGGUGACAAAAGUGCUGAUGGUGAUGCAGUUAAUAGCCUUGCUGUGAACAUGAACGAUGAGAGGUGCAGCACCAAUUCUGUGACUGUGAACAGUGAUUCGGAUGUGGAAACUGACAGUAUGGCAUCUCCACUGUCAGGGAUGAGGGUAUCCAUCAGGAGAAGGACCAUUGGCAGCUCCAGUGGCUCCGAUGUCGCACUGCAUGAAGGCAACGACCUCUCAGAUGAUGACCAUCCAGUGUUUGCCAGUAGAUGGUAUGGCUUGAGUCGACGCUGGCUCAUCCCAGCUUGCUUCCUGUUGGCUCUGUUAGCCUGUGUCGCGCUGCAUGGCUGUGCCUCCCCAUACACUCUAGUGAUGCACCGCUUCUUAUCCCAUGUCGUUGCUGCUCAUGGGUCUGAUUACUUUCAAGGAACAGAUCAACAGAUCUUCUCUGAGACAGUCACCACUGAUUUUGAUCCAGCAACACAAAGAAAGACAGUGACCACCCGUACAGUAACUACGUCAUCCACAGGGGAACCAAGUGAUGGCCUAAGACAGUCAAUGCAAGAAAUAGUCGAUAAAUUCAUGCAAGAUGAACGUAAACAACCAUAAAUUUUAAAUGUUAAAAAAAAAACUGGUAUUUUCAGAAGAUAUACUGUAGAAGACAAUUUACAUUUGAUUUGGACUGUAAUUAUUUAUUGUGAAGUAAAGCAUAUUGCUUGAGGAUGGUGCUGCUUAAAAUUUUUCUUAAAUAUUUCAUUGCUCUAUUUCACUGUGGGAUUUAUAAAACUUAUAAACAGAACAUUCAGAGAAAUCUUUCAUGUUAGACUUUGAGGAAAAUAAAUACAGCAACUUAUUUUCAGAUAUUUUGAGCUUUGAAGUCUAUUUUGUAUGAGUUGUGUUCAUCAAACUGGACUGUAAUAUAUAUUUGUGAAAUAACGUGUCAUUUGUGACUUAAAAUAAGUUCAUUGAUGUGCAAAGAUAUAGAAAGAGAAGAGUGUCAAAAUCUCAAAAAUUGAUUUUGUUUUCUUCUGUUUCCUUUUUCAAAUAUUACUUUAGAUCUGUAGUUGCAAAUGUAGAGUCUACAUUGUUUUGUCUGACACUAUUAAACUGGAAAAGUAAAUUCUAUCAGAUUAGUAACUGAAGGUAAUAUUGGUUCAAUGAUUUUCUUGUUGCUGAACCCCAAAGAGCAAGCUAACAGAAAAGCAUUGUUGACAAGCAAACAGCUGAUAUUAAAAUUGUGAUGAUUUGUGCUUCUGAUAGCAAACAAAAUUGAAAGGUAUUAAUUUUUGAUGUAAUUUGUAAAUAUUUUGAAUAAUGGAAGUGGCUGUUAAAGAAUUUUGACCUGCCCUUUUUUUCUAUCGUACUUAUCGGAAUAAAUAUUUUGAGAAAUAUGCACCAGCUCAUUUAUACUAUGCUUUUCACAGCACAAAUUACUACACUGCCUAUUGUGUGGUACUAUGUUAGUGCCACAAUAGUAAAGAAUGUCAUAGAUUAUCAUGCAUUUCUCAGCUUGUUUGUUCCUCAAAAAGUUAUAGUGCAGAAAUGAAGAGACUAGUUGAUGAAUUUGUAACAGAAGCUAAUUGGAAAACAAGUAUAUGUUGUAAUAAUGGAAUAAGGAUAAACUGACUAUUGAAGCAGCAGUAUAAAUUAAUUCAUAGAGUUGCAUAAUGUAUCAAAAUAGAAGUGUGCCUAAUUUUUCUCAAUGAAAUUUGUCUUUCUGAGUCACUGAUCAUCAGCUCUGACAUUGCUCCUUGACAGAAGAUAAGUGUCACUGUUAAUAGGCCUGUUGGUUUGUAUGCCCAACCUGUUCAGUUUUGAAUGUAAUUUUUAGGAAUAAUGGACUUGUGAACUUCCAAUUUCAACCAAGAAAGCAGAAGGAGCUAAGUGCAAUUACAACUGCAUUUUUCUUGUUGAUGCAGUACCAGUAUAAUUGGAAUGUGGCCAAUGCAAGGUACAGUUUUGUGAAAAUGUUUUCUGCUGUGGAGAUUGAUUUGGAAUUCCUUGUAGAAGCUCUAAAUGUUGCAUUGGUGCAUUUAUCAUAUUUUCUAAUGACCUGGAAUAAUGUAUUAUUCUCUUAAGCAGUCUGUAACACACACACAUGCAUGUGUGGCGGCAGGUGCACAAACACACACACACACACACACACACACACAGAUGUGUGCUUUAAUAGAUGCUUAUCACGGACAUAAUAGACAGUGAUCUCAGAAAUGCAAAUUAUUCAAACAAUAAAUGUAGAUACCUGUAGAAUUAUUAGGAGAGUCAUAUUUUGUAUGUGGCAAUGGAAGUUUGUUUGACUGUUAGCUAAUUUGAAACUGAAUUUUGAAGCCAUAUGACUUGCAGAAGCUAGUUACUGUUGAAUAUUGAAAUUUUUAAUAAAUAGUUACAAGAAGAAUUCAUAAUAUUUUGUAUAUAUAGAAUAUAAAUUACAUUAAGCUUUAUUGAAGGUACUUCAAGAUAAACGCCAAAGGCAAGAUUGAUUCUCGUGGUCUUCGAUGCUGAAGGUAUAUAUUGAUGUAAUGGUACAAAAUCAUUUUGACUUUCUAAAAUAAUAACUUAACGUAAUGUUGCUUGAUUGGUGGAGACCUAGGUUAACAGCACACAGCAUUAUUCACAAGUGUUGUUAAACAGCUGUUCAUCAACAAAAUAUUUGCACCCAAUACUUGAGUGAAUUGGCGAGUGACAGGUAGUUGCUGUUGGAAAUACAUACGAAUUUUUAGAUCAAUGUUAUGAAAUAUGUGAGACGUAAAAUUUCUUGAAAGUCCUCAAACCCAUUACACUGCAGCUUUUACUAGUAAUUCAAGACCAAUGAUAUAUUAGCACUUGUAUCAUAUUUUCUAAAUUGUAUUCAUUUUGCUCCAUUUGGAGGACCAUAGUUUACCAUAAAUGGUGCCAGAUACUGCAUGGGAACUAUUGUUUGCACAGGUACAGUCUCUGUUCUUCUUCUGUGUUUAUCAGUAGGUUAUGUUGUGGUGACUUUUUUUGGAUCUUUCAUAAGCAGACAUUUUGUGGUUUGUGACUGACCUUAAAUGGAACUGUCAGUAAUGAUGUUUUCACCUAUCUCCUGGCGUUUGUUUGCAUUCCAUACCAAAAUGCAAUACUACUCUACUAUUCACAAGAGAAAAAUAGUAUGCCUAACAAGAAAUAAAUACCUCAUUCCAGUUAAAUUUUGCAUAAAGAAUAAUACUUUGACUAAACAGUAAUAGUAACAAUAUUAGUAACUCCAAGUUUUCUAAAUUUAAAAAAAUGUGGAAAGUAGUUUGUCUACUGUUAAUUGCUUGAGAAGUGCAACAAGUUUUGAGAUCUUUUAUGACACUUUGUUUUAUUUUGUAAUAAGAAGUGUAAAGAAAAUAUUUUAGUCCAUCUGAGAACUGUUGUAUAAUAUUUCUGUGAUGUUUGAAAUAAAUGUUAUGAAUGGAAGAUGUGAAUUACUAAACAACACUUUCUUAUUUAGGUUAUGUAAUGUCACCAGAGGUUUUGUAUAUAUUGUAAAACUUUAGCAGAAUUAUUAUGCUUAGAAUAACUUCUGUAAGCACAGAUUAUGAAACACUGCAUAGAUAUUUUCAGAGAUUUUUAUUUUCAUAUAGCAAACCAUUGUCUGUAUAAAAUAUGUUAAUUAUGUAUGACUGUCAUGGAUUCCUCUUUCUUGCUAUAUUCUUGUCACCUUAAACAUAAAGUUUAGGAUAUUGGUGACAUGAAGAAAUACUGUGGGACAGAGUGUAUAAAUAUGUCAAGUUCCAGGAAGGUGGAAUGGUGGGAUUUAAAAUAUUAUUUUAUAAUACAAUCAGAAAUGGUCAUUUCAAUAUAAGUUUUUAAAAGUAAUGGGGCCACUGCACAGAAGUUGCACUGUAGCAGGUUAGCACCAAUCUGUUGCCUUAUGUUAUGUUAAGGACAAACUAUGAACUAUGUAAUGAAAAUAUAUGUCUAUCAGAAAACAGCUAAGUGAUUAAUAUUUGUGUCUUCACAGUAAAAAGCUUGAUUAGCUUGUAAGAAGUAAGAAACUGUGUGUUUGUGAUUUCUGUCAUUGUGUGUGAGACUUUUUUUUAAUUUAUGCAGCUAAAGUUUAAAAUGCUAUUAUGAUGCAUCUAUAGCUUCUAAGAAGUGUCAGUAAUGUAAUAUAAAUAAAAUAAAACCACCUCUUAUUUGUUUAAA